AACUCUCCGCCAAUCAACCGAUCCUAUCCCACAAUGCUUAGCGCUACAAACUACGGGCGCGAAAGGUUGGACGUUUUGUCAAGAGAGGGCGAUUUAAAAUCCAUCUUUAUUACCGGUAAAAGUCAGGGGAUGUCGUCAUUUUAGUCAGUUAUUGGCCGGUGAAGCCCUUAAAUCGCUGAUGUGAUUCGGGAUUCCAUACAGGGGAGUCUUGAAGGCUGAAGAUGGCAGUAAUAGCCAAAAGCAACAGCAGCACAGUUCUUCAAGAUGUCAAUGCCUAUGUGGAUGUGUGGCUAUCUGACAGGAGAGCCAACUGUUCACCAUCUUUGAUACAACAACUAUUACAAAUGGGCGCUCAGGUAUCAAAAAGAUUUAAUAAGCGAGUCACGCAUGUUGUUUUUCACAACGGUCAUCCUGCCACGUGGAAGCGAGCGAAAACGAGUAAGGUGAAGCUCGUUUCUGUAGUGUGGGUUUGGAGAUGUUAUGACGAUGGUGUGCUGGUGGACGAAGAGUUGUAUCCUGCCUUGAACGAUGAAAGCAGUCCGUUUUUUAACAGGAAACAUCGUUGCAUGCUGCCUAAAGACAUUCCAGAGAGGACGCCAAAAAAUGACAGACGCAUGAAAAAAAAGUUUGACGAACUGAUGAAGGCAAUGGCUCCCAAGCAAACAUUUGUCAGAGAUGAUUCGCCUUUCUUUAUUGACGAAGAUGGUAAUGUUGCGUAUAGCUCGCCGUUUAAAGUAUCAGAAUAUAUGGCGGAGCGCUUGAAACAAAUGAAAGAAGAAAAUGAAAAUAUCUCACCCACAGCCUCACAAAUGUCUUCAUCAGGAGAAAAGCCGUCAAAUUUUUCACCCUCACAAACGUCUGCAUCGGGAGAAAAGCCGUCACUGGGAAACUCACCAACUGUCUUCAGUUUUUUUGAUGAAAACACAGAUGAGGAUUCCAGUGCAACUAUCACAGAGCUUUGUCAACCCCCUGCUAAGGAAAAAAAUCUUGAAGAGAGUGACGCUCCCGAGCAUAAAAAGCUUGACAAACUCCUCUGCAAAGACUUUGACAAGCCUUGGCUCUCACCCUGCCGUGACGUUUCAACACGAGUGUCAAUUAGUCCUUUGAAAUGUCCUGACUUUCAGAUAAAUGAGGAGGAAAGUCAGACACCAGAAAAGCAAAGGCUGGCUUCAGUAACAACAUUGCUAUUAGAGAGACCAGAGUCUGUGAUGGCAGCACAAAACCUUUUCGAGGAAGUGAGUGCAAAUGACUGCAAGGAUGCUAGCAAAAUAAAGCUGACGCCACAGACUAAACCCUGCAGUUCACUAGAUAAAACACUGGAACAGCCAAACGGCAAAUCUGGAAAGAGAAGGCCAAAUGUCAAACGGGCAGAGAUGAAGAGCACUAAUUACACAACUAACAAUAAUGGUAAUUGUCUUGAUGCUUUGAGCUCCCCUUGUCCCGUGUUGGGUGACAAGUUAUUACUAAGGAAGAACCAAAUGCGAGGUAGUCUCUGUAUGCCUCAGCGUUCUUUUAGCUCCCCCUACGAGUCUCUCAAUGUUGCUUCGAGUUCCCCUGCUGGAAAGGACAAUGUGUUUGAUGACUACUUCGCCUCAGCCAAUCACAAGAAACUCAAGAGGCCUCUCUCGCCCGUUCUGUCUGACCUGACUGAUCUCGACAUCCCUUCUGAGUUUAACGACAUCCCAAAGAAAAAACGGAGGAGUGAAAGCACCAAGAGCUUCAAUAAAAGGAAUGCAGAGAAUCGCGGACGCAGUUUCAGCUUACAGUCUAUUGCUAACAUCUGUCCAGGAAAAGACAUUGAAGAAGGUCUCCCUGCUCUUGAUCAUCCAAAUGGUACUCGAAGACUGGAUGCUAAAAGCAGAAAGCAAAGCGCUUUACCAAUUGUAGGCAGCAGUGAAGGCAAAUCAAAACAUAAAAAACCGUCUCCCUCUGCUCGUCCAGCAACGUUAACAAAGAAGACAACAACCUCUGAUGUGGAAAAUAACACCAGUGUUUACCAAUUAUCUCACCUGUUUCAAAGUAGAGGAAGUAAAAGUACGAACAAAGCAGCCUCUACAAAGAUUCUGGAUGAAGACCAGGGGAAGCCAAAUCAGCACACCAAUGCUAUUUUCCAGAAAAUUGGCAAAGAAAAGUCAAUGAGAACGUUGGUCAUGACGAGCAUGCCCAGUGAGAAACAGAACACAGUUGUUCAGGUGGUAAAGGCCCUAGGUGGCUUUUCUAUUGCUGAUCAAGUUUGCGAGAGCACGACUCACAUUGUUUCUGGGGAACACCGGCGGACUCUGAAUAUUUUGCUGGGCAUCGCUCGUGGCUGCUGGAUCCUCUCAUUCGAAUGGAUCUUGUGGUGCUUGGAGCAAAGGCAGUGGAUUCCAGAGGAACCGUUUGAGCUUUCCGAGCAGUUUCCGGCAGCACAGAUCUCCCGUCUUCAGAGACAUCUAUCUUCCGGGGACCACCACCAGCAAGACCUGUUCAAGGACCAGCCACCCAUGUUUGUGUCCCAGAAUUCCCAACCGCCUGCUCCCAUUUUGAUAGAACUGAUCCUGCUUUGCGGCGGGACGGUCUGCAAAACUGCGCGUCAGGCCAGAAUCUACAUAGGGAAGUACAUCGGCAGGAGACCGUUGGGAAGUAGAAUCUUGUCUGAGCAAUGGGUGCUUGACAGCAUCACAAGUUUGAAGCAGCUGUCUUUUGAUAACUAUGACUUGGCGUAAAAAAGUGUGAAAUAUUUUUAACACCAAAACACAUAUUAAGUGUCUGGUCUUCAUCUUUCUCUGGAAAUUGGUUCUGAGACACAAAAUAUGUUUCUUUAAAUGGUCUUCUCUCUAAUAGACAUUUUAAUUAACACCUACCUGAUAUCAACAAAUCUUUUCCUGUUGAAAAUCAAAUGGGAGUAAAUGGAUGUUUGUCUCAGUUAUCAGAUGCGGACAUGAGCUUUUUUUUUUUAAUUUUUUUUUUUAUUUUUUUUUUUAGAUGACUAACUUGAUCCCGAAUGAAAUUUUACCUUCUGCUCGCUCAAUCAGCUGUUCCUACUUUUUAUUGAUGCAUAUAAUUCUCUGAGAGAAAUAAACUCAGGGCAUCUUAAUGCAUGACGGAAAUGAGUUCUUGAUGUUGUUAUCGUUUUUGUUCUGGGAACCUCAUCCAUCCAUUUUCUUCUGUUUUAGCCGGUAUCUACACAACUUAUUUGUUCCAGCCAUUGUCUGCUUUAGUGAUUAGUUUAAUUUCUCUAUAAUGGACUAGUUGACUUUGUUUUAAACUCCAGUUUCACUUGAUAAUAAUCAGAAUAGAGAUUACUGGGGUUGACAAUAUAAAUGUCCUGGUGGCACGGACGUACUUUUAAAACCGUCAGGGCCACCAGAAUGCUCAAACCAAUGGCCAACUGGGGCCAGUAAAUU